AUGACUGCUCAACAAGCCAAUCUUACGGACCGUAGUAAAAUUCGCAUGGAGCGGCUCAGGCUCGAAGAGCUAGAGCAGCAACGCUGGGAACAAGAGGCACUUGUAAUGCCUGAAGCGCUCAACCAAGCUCUCCUAAUGUCAUUUGCCUCAGUUAAGACUGAAUUCAGUGACCUUGACGGGCUCUCGUGGUCACGCUACCCUGUUCCUAUGGUUCCUAACCCAUGGGCAAUAGACGAACCACCCCCCACUCCAACACCGAGUUAUCCCGAGCCCAGCGAAUUCCCUGAUGAGCCAGAAUACUCUCAACGGUCACAAACCCCCUCGCCUUAUACUAUUUCAUCUCUUACUAGCCUGACCUCUUUCCCACCUGGAGAAACCAUUCGAGCACCCCGAGCACCAAAUAAAUCGUCUUGGUCUCCCUUGUUACCUACAAACCAGUUCACUUCGGAUUCGAACAUUUCAAGAUGCUCAGAUCGCACAAGGCCGUCGUCUUCACUGCCUACAAACUACCACAUAUCACCAGGCGAUGCUCACUAUGAACUCUACCAACUACCUUCAUUUGACACAUCUAUGCAACCCCGGAUAUCCAUUCCUUCAAACCACCGCAAAUCUAAUUCGCAACAACUUACAUAG